AUGGAGCCUCUCGCUGGUGUUAAGGUCUACACCAAGCUGCAAAGAGCUCUCCAAGCAUCAGACAAGGGAGCGUGCCUGGGGACCCUCGUGAAGCUCGACUUCAACGAGUUUUACCGGCCAGAACUUCAGGAGGCGCCUUGGGGCUUCCCAGAAGAAGGUCCACAGCAGUAUUACCCUGAUGCAGAAGCGACCGCAUGUGAUGAUUACCUGGAAGAAUCGACUCCGGACAAUGGAUCUCACUUGGACGCAGGAGAGGAGCACAACGGAGCACUAGAACAUGACCUUCUUGAACAAAAGCUGAGGGGAGUGUAUCCAGAAAACUUCUGUUGUGGAGGCAGCGUUUGCGUCCCCUCUCAUGACGCGAAAGCCAUAGUGCUCAAGCUCUUGGCUGGGCCCAAGAAGAAGCAGGGGAAGAUUACCUUCGUCAGCAAGAUCGGAGACAAGCUGAUUGGUUUGACUCCUUUGGCUGUGCAAAGCAUCUUUUACGACUACGGGGAAACAUCGGGAGACGCUUGGCGCGCACUUCAACUCACCGUCGAGGAUGUCGACAUCAGCAGAGAGAACGUCAGACCUCUCAGGUUUGGGAGGAAGCGCAAAGCGGACGAAGCCUUCAGCGAGAAGAUCAGAGUCACUGCACAGGUGCGGGAGGAGAGCCCAACAUUCACCGAGCAUCCAUCACACCGCACGACCGUCCGCGCAUCCAGAAAGGAGACUUAUCCGAUCAUUCCCGAGUCCCUCUCUUAUGAGUGUGAGUGCGGGGGAUCGUCGACGCCGCGCUUCUGGCUCUUCGGGCCCGUCGUCUGGUGCGUGCAUUCCUUGGCAGUCCUGGAGAAGCUGCAGGAUACACAGUGGUUCAGUAGGCAUCGGGACUCUCAAUACAACGAGGUCCUCUUUCUGAGGCCCAUAUUGAGCCGCAUCAAAGAGCAGUUUGCGCACGGCGUUCCCGUUAACGUCGUUCCAGCCACGAUCCACGUUUCCGGAGAGGGGGCGUCCUUCAAGCAUCAUGCGGAUACCCGCUUCGAGGUGCAGAAGACGAUAGGAACACUGGUUGUCUGUCUUCCAUCAGAGCACUUAGGAGGGGAGAUGGUGGUCACCUGCGGGGGAGCUGAGCACAUCGUCGACUUCGCCCCGCUCUCUGGAAAACACGACAUCAUUCAGUGGGCCGCCAUUCCUCAAGACUGCUCGUACGAGGUUAAGCUGAUCCAGAAGGGUUACAGGGUGACACUCACGUUCAAGAUCUACCGGGAGAAGAACCUGAGAGAGGUCUCGGACUACCGGGUCACCAAGAUGCCGCUAGUGAUCACGGAUAGGGAGGAUGAGUACUAUCCCAAGAUACAGAGCACCUUUCAGCCCGGGCCCCGCUACCCAGCCGGCGUCAUGAGGCCCGUACCGGCAAUCGCGGCCCUCCGUGCGCUCGCGCCGUCGUGCAGCCACGUGGCAGUUUUGCUGCGCCACAGCUACGCCCAGGAAGACAUGCUCAGCCCCGACGUCCUCAAGGGGUGUGACUGGCAGCUGUACGAGACUGUCUCAGAAGCACGGAGGUGCGAGCUGAUGGCCGUCGUCACAAGAGACACCUACUCAGAUGCGAACGGCAGGACGAACCUCGCAUGCUACGCCUUCUCGAACGAAGACAUUGAGUGGCUGGCAGGGGACGGGCCGCGGCCUAUGCACGGCUGGUUGCAAUCGGCCGAGGCAGGAAAGAUGAAGGUGGUGGCUUUCAAAGGAAUGGAGAGGGUUUUGCUGGACACCGAGACCACUCCGAGCGGCGAACUGGACGAAGAUGAGGACGAAACGGAAGAGACAGAUCGCCUUGGCAGCUUUGUUGCCACCCCCGAUGCGGAGGGGUAUGAGGCCAGGCCGGGGCAGCUCCUUGUGCAGCGGGAGGAGCUGCUAGCACUUCAUGGCUCUCCCAAGAAGGCUUCCGGUGGGGCCUUCCGGCUGCCCAGCGCAGGAACACCCGCGCAGAGUCGGGGGGCUAAUGGCUUCUCCACCGAAGUUGCCAGGGAGGGCAACCUUGUGGAGCGGUGCAGAGCCGACAGGAGGCACAGGCAGGAGGCGCUCACGGCAGCGCCCCUGCCAUGCGUCGCAAGGCCACUGCACGAAAGGCUCUGGCAGCAGGUGGAGGCGUAUCGGAGUCCGGUUUCUGGCAAACAGUUACAAGACGAGGUGCGCGAGUUCAUGCGGAGCAGGCUCAGCAGCCUGCGAGUCAUGCACGCCCAGUGUGUGCGGCACUUCACCACUCUGGCAGCACAACCAGAGACGGACCUCUCUCCCGUCAUCUUCGACGCCUUCCAAGCCCAAGCCAGCUGGUACGAAUCCGCAAUCGAAAAGGCGUCUGCAGCCUGCAUCCGUCUGGAAAGAAUGCGCGCGCAAGUCCCCUCGCAAGCAGCCCGCUCCCCUGUCUCUCCGCCUGUGCGCAGCCCCCUUAGCAGCCCCAGUCUGUCCCGGUGGGACUUCAAGGAGCCACUAUCGGAAGAAGGCGAGGAGGCUUUCGCAGAGGACUUGCGCGAGAUGCUCAAGUUCCGGACGUACGAGCAAGCUUGCGGCCGGCGCACCCGGCAGCUGCUGAAGCGGCUCGAGUGGCUGCCCGUCUCGGAUGGGAGGCGGCUCGCGGAGGAAGUCCGCCGGAACCUAACGGAGGAGAGGGAGCGGAAAGCAGCGGAGACAAGCCAGGGGUUUGAGGGGCUUCCACGGCAGCCGGCCACGUUAGAAGAGGUGGAAGCAAGCCUAGGGGGACUCGCAAGUGAGUUUGGUUUCGAGACGGAAUGCGCACGGUCUGAUACAAGCAUUGACAACCGAGGAAGCGCCGAGGAAAGGCCGAGUGACUCGCUGGAAGCGCAGGGGACUCAGCUGCUCAUGCGCGUGAAAGACUCCUUUCCGGAGCUUUUCGAGGCACAGGAGAAGAGGACACGGUUGGAGCCCUACCCGGUCGCUUUUCCGGGAGUGAGAAACACGGAAGAGCAACCGGUUGAAAACUCCGAGGAGUUCGAGCGGGAAGCGUUCUACCUUGUGCGGGAAACUGACGCGUUUGCGGUGGAAACGCAUAGAGCUGGCGGCUUGUCGACGAACAACUCGUUCCUCGACGUAAGCCACAGUGCGGCCACUAAUGUCACUCCAAUACCCGCGCAGUCGCUUCUCCCAAUCGCAAAAGAGAGCGCCAACGAGUCAAAAGACGUCAGCCCAGAGGACGAGCUCUUGCGGUCGGUGAUGGCUCCCCCGGGCUGGGCGCAUAUGCCCGGCCACGUGGCCUGGUUGAAGAGCGUAAAAGACGUCGACACGGCUCUCCGAGCGGAGAUCGAGUUCCUCGGGGUCUCCUCCCGCGAUGACGUUUCGGCGCGGUUGCAAGAGCUCGCCAAGCUGCACAGCCGCCUAGCGGCAACUGCCGGGGUCGAAGAGUUGAAGCAGCAGUUUCUGCAGAGCGCCAAGGUCGCGGCCGCGGCUCAGAAGGUGCGCGAGGACACGGAUGCGCCCAAACCCCCAAAACCCCUCCAGAUCCAGGAAGCCGAGCGCGACCGGUCCGCGACGCUCGCCUCCCCAAAUUCCCCUAAGAAAGGCGACCGGUCGCGGCCGGUGAGCGGCCGCGCGCGCGCGGAAACGCUGCCGAACAAGCCGCCGGCAAAGGCUCCCGGUAGAAAGACGUCGAAAGACGUCAGCAGCUCGAGGCCCAUGACGCCGGCGGAAUCGAGCGUAGCGGAAUCGGUUGAGGAAACGGCAGGGGAAGGGGUGAAAGUUACAAUGCCGAGCAGGAAACUGGAGACGCUGUACAUUCUGCAGUUGCUCAAGUCGCGGCGGCUCAAGCUGCGAUUGUUGCAUUCGGUGAACGUCUUUCAUUCCGUUCAAAAGCGGCUGGCGGAAGACUUCCGACGGGAGUGCAGGCCGGAGGCGGCUAAGGUAGCGCAGGUGCAGGUAGAGAUGCGGAAACUCGUGGACCGGUUUAUGAAGUCAGAGUCGCCGGUAGCUUCUCUCCCGGAGUCGGAAGAUAUGCCGGCGCCGUUCCGCCCGGGAAGAAGCUCCGGGCUUAAUCUGGACGGAGGCGGAACUAGUAGUGGCCACAAUUCGAGGAACCGAACAGUCUCGGGAGGCAGAAACUUUUCGGCUGUUUACCAAGGAGAGGGAGGGGAGACGCACCGGUCAGAUGCCAGCCGAAGAUACUCCGGAGCCUCCAGUGGAAGUGAUGCGGACGAAGGUGACGUCAGCAAGCGGCCAUCGAGACGUUCGGACGUUGAACGAUCGAAGGGGGCCAGCAAUGGCCACAAUAGCAAGCAGGAGGCCGGGGCCGCCGAAAGAGCGGACGACAAUUCAAGCCAGGAACGCAAGUCUUCUGAGUGGGACGACAUGUACGAAUUUGACGCGGUUCUGGGCUGUCAAAUAGUGAAAGACGGGAGAGGCGUGCGGGUCGUUUACGCCGACGCACUCGCGCGGUUUGAGGAGCUGAUGGUGGAAAUCCAGAAAAUUGCAACCGGUGCAAUCUUUCGAGGAAUGGAGCAAAUCGAGGCUGCCGCGGCGGACUCAGCAGAAGAUAGAAGGGCGUUUGACAGGCGGGCGGUGUUGCUGGAAUUUCUCGAACUAGAGACGCAGCACAUGUCGGCAAAGCUGGACCUGGUCAUGUCUCUCUUUGCGGCCUACCAGCAUGCCCUCAGCUCUCCGAACGGCGCUGCUCGCCUGCGGGCGGAGAUUCUUGGCGUCGUUGCCAUGCGGCCAUCGUUCGCUCCGGACUCCGUGGGGCAAGGCGGCAGCUUCCGGCAAGUCUACGUCGACGAGACGGCGGUCCUGACGCACAAUGUUCAGAUCGUGAGAAGUGUACGGCAGGCACAGAUUGAACGGGAGAAGCAGAUUAUGGCCUUAUCUUUGGGGGAAGGUUACGACGACUCCUCCUCCGUCGGUCUCCCCUGCCCCCUCGCCUCCACGUCAGCUCUCUCGGGCGGAGCGCCUUUCUCGAGCGUCUCCCUGGUGGGCGACGUCAUCAAAGCGGUCCGUACCACCGUCGAGCAAUUGGCCCGGCAGCUGGAGAUGGAGGAUUACGCGCGCGCCCGCCGCGCGCUCCGGACGCUCGUCCUGCAACGAACGUCCGAGCUGUGGGAAGCGUUGGCCGAAGAGCCGCGGAUUAGGAAAGGGCUGGUACCCGGCUACGAGCCUCCCUCGUUCGCCUCCAGCGCGCAGCCCGACCACUUGAAGGAGUCGCUCAUCAUGGACAACCCAACCGCUCUCGACGCCAUUGUGACGUCGUACCUAACGGGCCCGGCGAGUCCCUCCCUAAGCGAACAGGACCAGUUCGACAGAGUGUGCAUGACCCCGACGGCCCUCUCCCCGGAGCAGAAGGGCCGUUUCCCGGUCACUCAUCUCAGCCUGCCGGGCAACGAGGCGUUCGGCGGCCGCGCGCGCGCCGCGACCGAGCCGCACUUCGCGGGUUUUGGGGUUCCGGAAACUUCGCCGGAGCGGAGCCGGCCGUCGUCCGCCAGCGUGGCGGGCCCGCGGCCGCCUCUCUCCGCCCUCGCGCGCAGCGGGAGCAUUGUUCAAGACAGCCUGGCUGUGAACACGUCCCAGGGGGCAUUCUCACCGAACAACGUGGCCGCGCCAGCGGUAAGCUAUCACGGCGAGGCGGCCCCGGCCGCGUCGGCCGACGUGGCGGCGCGCGCGCUCGAGCUGCAGCGGCUGCGGGUCGCGCUCGUGCGCGCGCUCGAGGAGAGCGAGAAUUUGGAGGGUGUUUACAAGGCGCAGGCGCUGGCGCUUGGGAUCGCGGUGGAUGGGCACUCGCUGGAACCGCUGUUGAUCCAGGACGGGAUGGGGGUGGCGGGGAAACCGGCGAGAGUGCUCCGGGAUCUGGAAGGGGAGACCAGGAUGCCCCCGGAGGAUGUGGAACCAAAGACUGACGCGACGGUCAGGGGCCCCAAGCCCGCUGUCGCGGAGCUUGACCUUGAUCUCCUCGAGCUGGACUUCCACACGCCGGCGGGCGUGCAGGCGCUGCUGACGUCAGCCGACGGCGCCUCGCGGCUGCGACUCGCGGUCCAAGCGCAGCUCGCGCACAGCUCCGCCCUGUCUGUCGCGGUCCGGAGCAACGGAAUCCUGCUCGCCAAAAUCCUCCGCUGCGUGCACCACAAGAGCCGGUCGCUUCUGCGCGAAAACGAAACGGAAGUGGUGAUGGCGCAAAUGGGGCCGCCGCCCACGACGGCUGGAUGGGGCGAUUUUGAAGCGACGCUGGAGGCGAAGCAACAGCUGUUGAGGUCGCCGUCCCGGGGAUGGAAGGAGAAGCCCCCGGCGGGGCUGCGGCCGGAUCAGGAAAUAGAGGUGACGGACUACCGGGAGAGGAUAACGGAGGAACUGGCCGACUUGUUUCUGUCGGUGAAUAAGGUCAAGAACCAGGUGCGGAUCGGGGUGUUGGAUUCGUACACCAGAAAGCUGCAGCAGGUAAUGCAGAAGAAGGGGGUCGGGGUGAAUUUGCGAAAAGCGAAAGCGGACCUGAAGGCGGAGCUGAUCGAAGAGUACGUCAAGUCAGUGUUCCAAGAACUGGCGCCCUUUUGCCGCGCUUCCGAAUUGGCCGAGCAGAUGGACCGUUUGGGGAAGCUGCUUCUGACGGUUAGUCAAACCGGGGAGGCGCAUCCCGGCAGCUUUGUAUCGCACGGCGCGCUUACCAGCGGUUCGCACCCUUUCUUUUCCAGCCCGGCAAUCUUGAAACAAGCAGCCUUAGACUUCCAAGACAUUCACGAUUGGUCGGGCUCGGGCCUUUUUGAAGCCGGGCUCGACGCCGAUACAGGCGGCCAGGGUGCGUUUCCAUUGCCUAAAGGGCCUCUCCUUAUGGCGUGCCCCACGCCAAAGUAUGCCAAAAAAGCCGAAGACUUUGGGCAACGGGACCCGGUCUUAGAUGGCCACCGCCGUUUUGGGCUGUACUUGCUGGACGACAGCGGAAAGCUCGCGCACGUCUGGGCGUGUUACAGCCCGCUCGAGGCGCUUCGGUUGGCGGCCGUGCGGGGUUUGGGGGUUUCGGAGAUCGGCGAGGGCAUCGAGGCAGUCGGCGCGGUCGCGGACAUUCUUCGCAUCAGGUGGGCGACGAUUUCGCUGGCGCUCCCGAAGGUUGAGUCGCCGUCUCCGGGGGGGCCGCAAGUGAAAUUGACGGGCGCGAUCGCGGCCGCGGCGCGCGAGCAGGCGCUCGCGGCCGCGCAGAAGUGUCGGUCGAUCUUCUGGGGGGAGGUUAGCGCCCUGAAAGAGGAGGCGGAGCACGUGCGGAUGAAGUCAGGCGGCAGGGCGGCCGUGUCCCUUUUGCAGCUGAAGCGCACCAUAGCGUAUUGGCGGCACGUGCUCGUAUUGCAGGCGUCGCGCGACCAGCUGACGAAAGCGGGGAAAGACGGCGCGGCGAGAGAGGCGGCGAGGCUGCUGAGACUGUCGGCGGUCGUGUCAGAGAGACCGGAGCAAGAGGAGCGUCUUCCAACGCACGUCGGGGCAUUCCUCCGGGCGGUCAGGGAAGACGCGUUGGGAAGCAUCUGCACUUCGAUGGACGAUGAGUCGUUCGUCGGGGUGAAGGGAACGGCCGCUUUCGAGCUCCCACGGCCCGUCAGCCGGACGGCCGCCAGACCGCAAACCGCGCGGCGCGAGGUUAAGCCCUCAAACCCGAAAGUGGACACGUGGCUACUCGGCGCGCUUCUGCCCGCGCGGGCGCUGAGCCUCGGCGCACUGUCUGAGGAAGAGCGGAAGUUGAUCGUUGUGGAAGAUAAGAGAUUGGAACACGUUCUAGAUACAGCCCUGGGGGACGAUCGGGGCUAUGCCUCUACGAUGCCGACACGUGUCAACACGAAGGUGGCCUACCACCUGGAGCUGCGGCUCGUUCACACCCACAUGAAGGCGGCCUUUCUGGACGGCGAAGCUGCGCUCUCGGACGCUCUGGAGGGCCGCAAAAGGACGUCCGAAAGUCUUUCGAACGGGAGACAGAGCCUGGACUUGGCUCCGCGAGACUCGCGACGAGCCCCGUCCACCAACCCCUAUCAAGAGUGCAUUCGGCUGCGGCUCCCGGGAUGGUUUCAGAGCGACCCGGGGCUGACGUCAGCGGAGCACAUGGCGCGCGCGGAGCUGUUCCAGAAGCUGGUGGUACGGCCGCUGGGUGAUGUCACGUUCGCGGCCGCGAAGGCUCUCGAGAGUGCGAAGGACGGCGGAGCGCGGCUCAUCGUGCGGCCGCCAGCCACGGCGACCAAGGAGAUCAGCAGCAUGGAGGCAGAAGUGUGGAAGAUGAAGCACCUCAUCGACCGCCACCACCUGGAGGCGACCACCCUCUCCCUGGAACUCAAGCACGCCAGUCUGCUGCGCUCGAAGGGUCGCCGCGAUCGCAGCCAGCAGGAAGGACCGUUCGAUCCCCGUAUCGAGACGGCUGCCUUUGUUGAAGAGCUGGUCACUCUGGGCGUAUUCACACCAGACGGGCCUGGCCUUGGAGUUGUUGCCGCCGUUAGAGAGGACGAGGAAGGCGGGGGGAAGGAGUGGAAAGUGCGCGAGGCGGCGCGCGCACUUGUGGAGAGACUGGGGUCGCAGGCGAAGCGGCAGCAGGAGAUCGUGCAGGCCGCGCUGUACGCGCGCGCGCAGGAGCUGUCGCGCAGUCUGGUCGCGCAGCAAGAGAAUCGCGCGCUGACGGACUGGGAAAGGCAGCGCGAGAGGCGGCAGAGCACAGCGCUCAGGGAAGCGGAGAUCUGCGACCGCGGCCUGGACAUGGUGUUGGAGCUGGCGUUUCUGCGGCGGAAGCUCGCGCGCAUGGACGCGCACGUGGAGGACUACGCGGCGCGCGCGCGCGCGGACGCUGAGGCGGAUUGCGCGGAGAAAGUCGCGCGGUUGGAGAAGGAGGUGGCCGCGCAGAAGAGCAACAUGGAGGCGCUGCGACAGGAGAUGAACAACGAGAUGCUGCAAGCUUUCGCAGACAUCAAGAACGAGACGGUGCUCAAGAUCAUGAGCUACCAGCGCGAGGACGGCCACGCGGCCGCGAGCGCGGGCGUGAGCCCCCAGAUCCGGAUGCUGCAGCUGGAGGCGCAACUGCAGGAGCAGCGCGCGGAGAAUGCGGACCUGCGGGCCUCGGUGACCAAGAUCAGCGCCCUGAGCAAGCUGCGGCUGAUGGCCCUCUCCAGCAAGUUCCGCGCGAGCCUGCGCGCGGUGCGCAAGGAGCGCAGCGUGGUCGACCUGGAGGGCUGGGAGGCGCGCGAGCGCGCGCAGGGCGACGGGCGCGCGCUCAAGGAGCAGCUCACGGCCACACGCGCGGCGCUCGCCAAGAGCGAGGAGGAACUGCGGCGGGGCACCAAGGAGCUCGCGCACGUGAAGCGCACCAAGUCCAAGCUGCUCUCCUGGAAGGUUCAAAACUCGCGCGCGCUGGACACUCUAGAACAGCACGACACGCGGAUUGCGCGCCACGUGGAGGCCAAGCAGGCCGCCAAGCUGGAGCGGCUGUACACCAUGGCGAGCGCCUUUGGGGAGAAGCAGCCCGGGGUGGAGGAACUAGAGGCGGAAGUGGAGCGGCUGGAGCAGAAGCUCGCGAAGGAGAAGGCGCUGCGGCGCAGAGCGGAGGAGCGGUUGCAGGCGCGGGAGGAAGAGGAGAGCGGAAUGGAGGCGGAACGGAACGGCAGCCGGCCCCCUCCAGAAAACGGCCACGCGAAACUCGGAUCAGACGGCACGCGCCGUCCGUCAGGAUCCUCUCCCCUGCGCUCGUCCCGCCUCGGAACCCCCGGGGCUGCGAAUGAUUCAACCGAAGCCCAAUCACUCUCCUCCGAGCGCCUUUUAGCGGGCAGGGCAGGGCGGAAGUCCAGCACAGAAAGCCCGGUGCGGCAACGAGCAUCGGCAUCAACCGGCUAUGUGCCCGAGACAAAUGAGACCGACGGAAACACCUCCAGCCCAACAAGCUACGGGCAGACGGUCAGCAUUUCUAGGCCGGAACUCGAGCUCCGGUCACCUGUUGUUCCGGAAACGAGGGCCGGAACGGCACCGGCGGGUAACCGAAAGCCGUCGGGGGACGCUCUUCAGUGGACGUUUGCAGCGUCGUCCUUGACGAAAGGGGCUACCUUGCAGUAUCUGAAUUCAAGUAGACCACAAUCGGCGUACGACGCAAAGCUGGGAACGCAGAGUAUGCCAAAAGGAAAGUCGGUGCUUCUUAGCGAACGGCCGCAAAGGCCCUCAACGGGUAGAAAAGUGCCUAAGGGCCAGCUUUAG